AUGGAUACCAGCACGAAGGUGAAGAAGGGCGCCGGCGGGAGGAAGGGCGGCGGUCCGAAGAAGAAGCCGGUUUCCCGAUCCGUGAAAGCCGGUCUGCAGUUCCCUGUUGGUAGGAUCGGCCGGUACCUGAAGAAGGGCCGCUACGCUCAGAGGGUGGGCACCGGCGCCCCGGUUUACAUGGCCGCCGUGCUGGAGUACCUUGCUGCUGAGGUUUUGGAGUUGGCUGGUAAUGCUGCAAGAGACAACAAGAAGUCCAGGAUCAUACCAAGGCAUGUUCUUCUUGCUGUGAGGAAUGAUGAGGAGCUUGGGAAGCUUCUUGCUGGUGUGACCAUUGCCCAUGGUGGCGUUAUACCGAACAUAAACCCGGUUCUUUUGCCCAAGAAGUCUGAGAAGGCACCUAAAUCUCCAUCCAAGGCCACCAAGUCCCCCAAGAAGGCUUGA